AUGUUGCUGGCUGAAAGUGCUGCUUUAAUUGAUGUAAAAUUAAAUUUGGUUAAGAACUGUUUAUGGGUCCAUGAAUUAAAUAGACACAUGUUAUCUGAAGGAGAAUUUCAUACGUUGUUCAGUAAAUUAAAAAUAUAUCCAGUUAAGUUUUUUAAGUACUGUCGCAUGAGUGAAUCUACUUGUUUUAUAAUUUUGGAAGCUAUAAGAAGUGAAAUCGAAAAAGAAGAUACCAAUUUCUGA